GGUCCGGAAGCGUCCCGGGCUCAGUCUGGCAGCGGCGGCCGCGGCGAGCGGAGCUCCGGGGCCGCCAUGGCCGCGGCGGCGCUGGGGGCUGUCCCGGCCGAGCCGCCGCCGCCGCCGGGCCGCCUGCCCGGAGGAGCCGGCACUGAGCGCGCCCUGGAAGAAGCAGAGGCCUCCGGCACGCUCAGCCUGGCCGGCCGGCGGCUGCGCGCCUUCCCGGCGGCGGCGGCGCGGCGCUGGGACCUCAGCGACACCACCCAGGCCGACCUGUCGCGGAACCGCUUCGGCGAGGUGCCGGAGGCCGCCUGCCGCCUGCCCUCGCUGGAGGGGCUCAGCCUGCACCACAACUGCCUGCGCAGCGUCCCGCCGGCCAUCGCCAACCUGCAGGCCCUGGCACACCUGGACCUCAGCCGCAACCAGCUGAGCUCGCUGCCCGCCUGCCUGUGCCUGCUGCCCCUGCGCGUCCUCAACGCCAGCAACAACCGGCUGGCCGCGCUGCCGCCGAACCUGGGCGCCCUGCGCACGCUGCGGCAGCUGGACGUGGGCUCCAACCGGCUGCGGGCGCUGCCGCCGGGGCUGGGGCAGCUGCGGGCGCUGCGGGACCUCAGCGUGCGGCGGAACCAGCUGGCGGCGCUGCCCGACGAGCUGUCGGAGCUGCCGCUGGUGCGGCUGGAUUUCUCCUGCAACCGGGUGGUGGCGAUUCCGCGCUGCUUCCGCCGGCUCCGGCACCUGCAGACGCUGCUGGCCGACAACAACCCGCUGCAGUUCCCCCCCGCCCAGAUCUGCCUGAAGGGCAAAGUCCACAUCUUCAAGUACCUGGAAGCCGAGGCUGCCGCCCAUGCUCCGCCGGCGUGCCCCCCGGACGAGCCGUGUCCCCUCCGGCAGAGGGGGGGGCUGGACUCCGGCUUCCACAGCGUGGACAGCGGCAGCAAGCGCUGGUCAGGGAACGAGUGCACAGAGGAAUCCUCGGAGCAGGAGUCGAGACGAGUCCUUGGGGCAGCUGGUGACAGUGACCCGGAGCAGCUGGAGGAGCAGCCCUGGCCCGAGGUGAUGUCCCCCCCCCACCCCUCUCUGAUCCCCCCCUCUCGGGACCCCCCCCCGGAGACCCCCCCCGACGGCGACGCUGACGCCCCCCCCCCUGAGCCGCCCGGGGGGGUCCCCGCCGUGCCCCCCACCCUGCAGAGCCUGGAGGCGCUGCUGCAGCUGCGGCUGCCGGACGAGCUGGGGGACCCCGAGCUGCUGGGGCGCGUGGCGGCGCGGCUGCGGCCCUGGGCCAGCCCCCCCAGCCCCCGCCGGACGCCGCCGCCCUGCCGCCGCUCGGGGCUCCCCGAGGCGAAGCCCCCCGACCCCCGGCGCCCCCCGCCCGGGCUGCUCUUCGCCCUCUUCUACGGCCUCCUCAUGGCGCUGCUCGUGGCCGCCCACCGCGCGCUCUUUGGCUGCUGAGGGACCCCCGGGAGGCCCCCCAAAAUCACGGGGAGCCCCCCGACCCCCGGGGGACCCCCAGACCCCCGUGGGGGUCCCGCCUUUGCACCUUUCCUUGCCCCCCCCCUUUCUUUUCUUGUGCCUUAACGCUGGGGAAACUGAGGCAGGGAAAGGGGAGGGGCUGAACCCCUUGUGCACCCCCCCUUAAUUAUUGGUAUUAUGAUUAAUUAUGACGAGUUAUUAUUAUGAGUUUUAUUAUUAUAAUGAGCUGUCGCUAUUAUAAUGAGGUAUUAUAAUGAGUUGUUAUACAGGACUGUGAGCAUAUUAAGUUAAUUAUUACAGUUAAUUACGGUGAGAGAACACUAAAAUGCGGAUGACCAAAAUUUAUUGUAAUUAAUUAUUAUUAAAAUUAUUAUAUUUAACUACGA